CCUCGGCGGCAACACCAUCAAACUCCGCUGGUACAGGAGGAAGAGCAACCUGCACCACGUGUGGGACUCUGACGUGAUCACACAGGCCAUGAAGGACUUUUACAACAGGGACCAAGACACCAUGAUCGAGGCCAUCCAGCGCAACAUCACCGAGGAGUGGUCCAGCGAGGAGAAGCAGUGGGAGGCCUGCGGCAGCCAAACCAAGAUCACCUGCGCCGAAAAGUACGCCAAGGAGAGCGCAUUGCUGGCCUGCGACGCGUACGAGGGCGUCGAGGAAGGCGACACCUUAAGAGACGAAUAUUACUUCCGGGCGCUGCCGGUUGUUGAGAAGAGGAUCGCUCAGGGGGGCGUGAGGCUGGCGGUGAUCCUUAACCAGAUCUUCAGUGGGAAGAAUAGCAGGCUGCAGAGCAUGUGAUUGAUACACUGUAGUAGUAGAAGAAGAAAUAAAAGAACCGGCUACACAAAAAUCACGAAUUCGCGAUUAAUUUUUUUAUAUCAGUCCACCAAAGCGGCUUAGACUCGCUGUGGUGGCAAAUCAUUGUAUUUGUAUGUAUGUAUGUAUGUGGUGUUGUAUUUAUUGACACCAUUGUAUCAUCUUCAUUUCCUCAGUGGGAUAAUACUAGUGAUCUAACCUUCUUGUGAUUGUAACUAUUUUGUUUCAUCAAA